GGGGUUCACUCUGUAGCCCCAGGCAGGCCAGGGGACUGUAGCUUUUUCCACGGGAUCCAAGAGGGGUGCAGGCACAUGGCGCAGGGUGGUCCUCCGCAAGCCUGCGGCCCUAGGCUGGCCGAAUGUGCCAGCGCACACACAGGAGGGGGCAGUUCACACCAAGGGCUGGCCCGAGGAUUGUCAGGGCCACACCAGGCAAAGCCAGCGCUAUUAAUAUCAGGCACACACAAGCCCUCAGCUGGGUGAUCCUCUUAUGCCUGUGGCCUUGGCCUCUGAGGACGGCAGUGAGUGCUGUGCCCUCAGUACGGUAGGGGCUCCAAGGGCCUCCUAGCUGCUGAGUCUCUGCUGACACUUGGCAGGCAGCUUCUACCAGCCAAGGGUCUCACCCCCAGCCCCCGGCUCUGCACCCACUGUGCUGCCCAUAGGAGUAGUCCUGCCUAUGGACGGGCAGUUCAGGUGGCCGGAGCUCCUGAGCUGCCUUAGGGGACUACUGUGGGUCUGAGGUGGUGAUGCCCCCGACGGUUGCCUGCGCCUGAGCCCCCACUCAUCCACCCCUGGGGCCACUCGCUGUUCAGGAGCACCCACCCGUGUCCUCGACCAUGAGCAGCCCCCCAUCUUACCCUGGCAUCAGGAUCUCAGGGUGCCGGGCCCUUGGAGCAGAAGGCGGCAGCAAUGCAGAGUCCCUGGACAGGCUCCUGCCACCCGUGGGCACCGGGCACUCUCCCCGGAAGCGGACCACCAGCCAGUGCAAGUCAGAGCCUCCCCUGCUGCGCACCAGCAAGCGCACCAUCUACACCGCAGGGCGGCCGCCCUGGUACAACGAGCACGGCACGCAGUCCAAGGAGGCCUUCGCCAUCGGCCUGGGAGGUGGCAGUGCCUCUGGGAAGACCACUGUUGCCAGAAUGAUCAUUGAAGCCCUGGACGUGCCCUGGGUGGUCUUGCUGUCCAUGGACUCCUUCUACAAGGUGCUGACUGAGCAGCAGCAGGAACAGGCCGCACACAACAACUUCAACUUCGACCACCCGGACGCCUUUGACUUCGACCUCAUCAUUUCCACCCUCAAGAAACUGAAGCAGGGGAAGAGUGUCAAGGUGCCCGUCUAUGACUUCACCACGCACAGCCGGAAGAGGGACUGGAAAACACUGUAUGGUGCAAACGUCAUCAUCUUUGAGGGCAUCAUGGCCUUUGCUGACAAGACACUGCUGGAGCUCCUGGACAUGAAGAUCUUUGUGGACACAGACUCUGACAUCCGCCUGGUACGACGGCUGCGCCGGGACAUCAGUGAGCGCGGCCGGGACAUCGAGGGUGUCAUCAAGCAGUACAACAAGUUUGUCAAGCCCUCGUUCGACCAGUACAUCCAGCCCACCAUGCGCCUGGCAGACAUCGUGGUGCCCAGAGGGAGCGGCAACACGGUGGCCAUCGACCUGAUCGUGCAGCACGUGCACAGCCAGCUGGAGGAGCGUGAACUCAGCGUCAGGGCUGCGCUGGCCUCGGCACACCAGUGCCACCCGCUGCCCCAGACGCUGAGCGUUCUGAAGAGCACGCCGCAGGUGCGAGGCAUGCACACCAUCAUCAGGGACAAGGAGACCAGCCGCGACGAGUUCAUCUUCUACUCCAAGAGGCUGAUGCGGCUGCUCAUCGAGCACGCGCUCUCCUUCCUGCCCUUUCAGGACUGCGUUGUGCGGACCCCGCAGGGGCAGGACUACGCGGGCAAGUGCUACGCGGGGAAGCAGAUCACAGGUGUGUCCAUCCUGCGUGCCGGUGAAACCAUGGAGCCCGCCCUGCGCGCUGUGUGCAAAGACGUGCGCAUCGGCACCAUCCUCAUCCAGACCAACCAGCUUACCGGGGAGCCCGAGCUGCACUACCUGAGGCUGCCCAAGGACAUCAGCGAUGACCACGUGAUCCUCAUGGACUGCACCGUGUCCACGGGCGCCGCGGCCAUGAUGGCGGUGCGCGUGCUCCUGGACCACGACGUGCCUGAGGACAAGAUCUUUCUGCUGUCACUGCUCAUGGCAGAGAUGGGCGUGCACUCAGUGGCCUAUGCGUUUCCACGAGUGAGAAUCAUCACCACGGCGGUGGACAAGCGGGUCAAUGACCUUUUCCGCAUCAUCCCAGGCAUUGGGAACUUUGGCGACCGCUACUUUGGGACAGACGCGGUCCCCGAUGGCAGUGACGAGGAGGAAGUGGCCUACACGGGUUAGCUGCCCAGUGAGCCGUCCCCGUCCCCGCCACCCUCCUUCUGCCUUCUGACCCAGGAUUGCCGAAUACAAAGAUGUUAAUUUUUACAAUGUUACCAGUAUAAUUUAUUUUAUGCAUUUUAUAAAAUAAAGCAAGCUUUAGAAAAAUGAA